AUGGAAAAUAGGAACAACGUCACAGAAUUUGUUCUUUUAGGUCUAUCCAGUGAUAGAAAUUUGCAGAUAUUCUUCGUUGGGCUGUUCCUCUCUUGUUACAUUGCAAUCCUCGUAGGGAAUCUCAUCAUCCUCAUCACUGUCAGAGGCAGUUCCCUCAUCAAUCAGCCCAUGUAUUUCUUCCUCUGCCACUUGUCCCUCAUGGAUGUCUGCUUCACUUCUACAGUGACUCCCAAACUGGUCAGAGAUUUGCUGUCAGAGAAGAAAACCAUCUCUUUCAGCCACUGCAUGAUACAGCUCUUCGCAGUGCACUUAUUUGGUGUGGUUGAGAUCUCCAUUCUCGUGGGGAUGGCCUAUGAUCGCUAUGUUGCCAUCUGCAAACCCUUACACUAUAUGGUCGUCAUGAACAAGCAGCGAUGUGUCACAGUGGUUGCAGUGUGCUGGGGAGUAGCAUUUCUCCAUGCCAUGAACGAGUGGCUCCUUGUCAUUUUUUUGCCCUUCUGUGGCCCUAAUAAGAUUGAUCACUACUUGUGCGAUAUUUACCCUCUCCUGAAACUGGCUUGCUCAGACACUUACAUGACUGGAUUUUUAGUACUCACCAGUUCAGGAACUAUUGUGUUAGUUACUUUUGCUGUCUUGGUCAUCUCUUACAUCACCAUUUUAGCCCAUCUGAGGAACCACUCUUUGGAAGGACGUCGCAAAGCCCUCUCCACCUGCGCUUCCCACAUCACCGUGGUGACAUUGUUUUUCUUGCCCUGCAUCUUCAUUUACCUUCGGCCAUCCCAGACCUUCCCAGAAGAUAAGGUGUUUACUCUGUUUUACACCAUCAUCGCCCCCAUGUUCAACCCCCUCAUCUACACGUUGAGGAACAGAGACAUGAAAACGGCCAUGAAAAAGGUGUGGUGUUGUCAGUUGAUGUUAAAAUUAAUUGAGACAAAAACUGGGAAAGUAGCUUUCAGAAUGAUGGAGCCAAUAGUCUGCAUAAUCAUGGAGUUUGAAAACUAUGAUGUAGAUAUCUUCAUCCUGGUGUGGAUGGCUUAUGAUCGUUUCAUGGCCAUCUGCAAGCCACUGCAAUGUAUGGUCAUCAUGAACCAGAGGGCGUGUAACGGCAUUCUCCUUCUCGCCUUUGUCGUGACAUUUGUGCAUUCGAUGGCUCAUCAGCUCAAAGCCCUGUCCACCAGCAGUUCAUAUAUCACUGUGGUGGUCUUAUUUCUUGGGCCCUGCAUCUUCAUCUAUGUACGUCCAGCCACCACUUUCGUGGCGGACAAAGUACUAGCUGUGUUUUACACUAUAAUUGUUCCCAUGUUCAACCUUCUCAUUUAUAUGCUGAGAAAUACAGAGAUGAAAAGUGCCAUCGAAAGAUGUGGUGCAAGAGGGUGUAUUCUGGGGAAAAAUAAAGUUUCCCUAAGAACAUGCUCCCCUCACAGUCAGCUCAAAGCCCUGUCCACCAGCGGUUCAUAUAUCACUGUGGUGGUCUUAUUUCUUGGGCCCUGCAUCUUCAUCUAUGUAUGUCCAGCCACCACUUUCGUGGCGGACAAAGGAGGGCAGGAGGAGGAAAGGCUACUGGGUAGGCACCCAAUCUGCUGCGUUCACGUGGAGUGGGCUGCUCGGCCCGGCAUGACAAAAACCGGAAUCAGGGGCGUCCAGAACAUCGAGGUGAAGAAGAGGAGACUCGUGAAGAGAGCUUGGGCCUGGAGUGAAGAGAUAAGUGAACGACAAACAUCAGCUCAGAAGGUUCAAACCUUUGCUCCCCUCUAA